GCGACAGAGCACAAUCUCUGUUGUGCCUCUAAGAACUGACGCAGUCUUUACUUUAUUGCUUGUCUUCUUUUGUAAAUAUGAAGGAUUCAGGUGAUAGCAGCUUAAAAAUUAGAGACUAUGAGAGCAUCACCUCUUUCCUUGGAAAUUGGGGACCCUUUCAGCGAAGGAUUUUUUUUGCACUGGCCAUCAGCAUUCUCCCAAAUGGGUUUUUUGGUGCAUAUAUAGUAUUUGUAGCUGCUACGCCACCUCACGAGUGCUUCAUCCCUGAAAACUACAGCAUCAGUGACAUGUGGAGAAAUGUGACAAUCCCUCUGGAAAAGGUCGAUGGCGUUGCAAAGCCCAGCUCCUGCUCGAGGCUUAACCUGGAACUUGUCCGGCAAUACUCUCAAAGAAAUAUCACCCCAAAUGUGGGAGUGAAUGUGAGUGAAAUUCCUUUGGAGAGCUGUCUGGAUGGUUGGACAUACAACAAGGACAUCUACCAGUCAACCAUUAUCACAGAGUGGGACUUGGUCUGUGACAAUGCAUACAAAUCUCCACUGGCCACUUCAAUCCAUUACGUUGGUGUUCUAGUGGGAGGGUUUCUCUCAGGCCAGAUAUCUGACAGGUAUGGAAGGAGGCCGACCCUCUUUCUCAUGAUGCUUCUUCAGACUGUGUCAAUCACAGCACAGAUAUUCUCCCCGAACUGGGAGAUCUUCAGCUUAAUCUUCUUCUUCGUGGGUGCCGGGGGAAAUUCCAACUAUACCAUUGCAUUUGUGCUGGGUACAGAAAUUCUAAGCCCAAAAGCCAGAGUGUUCUUCUGCUCCCUCGGCGUUUUUAUGGGCUCAGCUUUGGGUUACAUGGCAUUACCAGCUGCAGCUUACUUUCUCCGAGACUGGUGGACGCUGCUGAUCGCUAUUGCUGCCUCUGGCCUGAUCUACAUCCCUCUAUGGUGGUUGAUCCCAGAGUCUCCUCGCUGGCUGCUCUAUCAGGGAAGACUGAAGGAGGCUGAGGCCAUACUGAGAGACGCCGCCAAGAGUAACAACGUUGAGGCUCCAGAAGACAUUUUUACACAAGCUGAGAUCGAGGAAGGGCUGGAUAUGAAAGAGAAGAGAUACAACAUUUCAGUUAUCGUGAACAGCUGCAAUAUGUUCUCUUUGACAGUUCUGUGUUCACUUCUGUGGAUCAUCGUCAUGAUUGGAUACUAUGCUUUAAUCCUCAACACUUCAAACAUGCACAGCGACCCUUACCUAAGCUGCUUCCUGUCUGCGGUGGUGGAAGUGCCGGCUUACAUAAUUGCCUUGUUACUGCUCAAGUAUUGCUCCAGGCACCUCUGCCAGUCCUCUACACUCUUCUUCGGAGGCGUUAUGAUCAUCUGCGUUCACCUCAUCCCAACAGAUAUACCGAGUGUUCCUGUGGUCCUGGAGAUUUUGGGGAAGUUCUGCAUGACGUCAGCGUUUUGUGUGGUGUACACCUACACGUCAGAGAUCUUCCCCACUGUUGUCAGAAACACAGCGAUGGGUUGCUGCUCCAUGGCUGCUCGCAUCGGAACCAUCUGUGCCCCCUUCAUCGUCUAUCUGGGACAAUACUACAGGGCGCUCCCAUACAUAUUGAUGGGAGGUCUCGCCAUCUGCGGCGCCUUCUUGUGUUUCCUGCUGCCAGACACUUAUGGGAGGACUUUGCCAGAGACCAUUCCACAAAUGCAGCAGAUAUGCGGGAGGAGAGGAGGAAAAGAAAAGGAAUCAGAAAAAAAAGACUGCUUUCAUGAUUAUCAAAGCAAAGAAAGCAAGCUCUAGUUUCAGGUUUAGAUUUUUGAAGCAUUUUACUCACCUGUUUGCUUAUAAAGAUGUUGUGUGAAAUUCUGUAUAUCUAUAUUGCCACCCAUUUAACUUAUUGUGAA